CGCAGCCUACGCGGGUCAGGAUCCUCCCCUGCCGGCUAGUGGGCCGCGCCUUUGCAGCCUGCGGGCCGCGAACCUGACCCCUUCUCUUCAUAUCCGGAUCCGGGCUCCUCCCCCCAAGACCGGGAUUCCGUUCCGGACUCCUCCCCCCCCCCCCAGGACCGCCCAUCCGGCCUCUACUCUCCUAAUAUUUGGACUCUGACCCGUUCUCCCUGAUUCCGCUGAUCCUGGCCUAAGAACCCAUAUUCAGACCUGAAAACACUGAGUUGACUUCUCCUUUGCCAAGGACUCGGGCCACCUCUCCCACGGUUCCCAGCCUGGGAAAAGAUGGCCUCACUGCCCCGCAGAGGCCUGGUCCGACCCCUGCUCUGGGGCCUAAGUCUCUUUCUGAGCCUCCCAGGCCCCGUCUGGCUCCAGCCCUCUCCACCUCCCCAGUCCUCGCCCCCAACUGAGCUCCAUCCAUGUCACACCUGCCGCGGACUGGUCGACAGCUUCAACAAGGGCCUGGAGAGAACAAUCCGGGACAAUUUCGGAGGUGGAAAUACUGCCUGGGAGGAAGAGAAGUUGUCCAAAUACAAAGACAGUGAGACCCGCCUGGUGGAGGUGCUCGAGAGCGUGUGCGGCAAGUCGGACUUUGAGUGCCACCGCCUGCUAGAGCUGAGUGAGGAGCUGGUGGAGAGCUGGUGGUUUCACAAGCAGCAGGAAGCCCCAGACCUCUUCCAGUGGCUCUGCUCAGAUUCUCUGAAGCUCUGCUGCCCCUCGGGCACCUUCGGGCCCUCCUGCCUUCCCUGUCCUGGGGGCGCAGAGAAGCCCUGCGGUGGCCACGGGCAGUGUGAAGGGGAAGGGACUCGAGGGGGCAGCGGGCACUGUGACUGCCAGGCCGGCUAUGGGGGCGAGGCUUGUGGCCAGUGUGGCCUCGGCUACUUUGAGGCAGAGCGCAACGCCAGCCAUCUGGUAUGUUCGGCUUGUUUCGGCCCCUGUGCCCGCUGCUCAGGACCUGAGGAGUCCAACUGUUUACAGUGCAAGAAGGGCUGGGCCCUGCAUCACCUCAAGUGUGUCGACAUCGACGAGUGUGGCACAGAGCGAGCCAGCUGUGGACCCGACCAGUUCUGUGUGAACACAGAGGGCUCCUACGAGUGUCGAGACUGUGCCAAGGCCUGCCUGGGCUGCAUGGGCGCAGGGCCAGGCCGCUGUAAGAAAUGUAGCCCUGGCUACCAGCAGGUGGGCUCCAAGUGUCUCGACGUGGACGAAUGUGAGACAGAGGUGUGUCCCGGAGAGCACGAGCAGUGCGAGAACACCGAGGGCAGUUACCGCUGUGUCUGUGCCGAGGGCUACAAACAGAUGGAGGGCGUUUGUGUGAAGGAGCAGAUCCCAGAGUCGGCAGGCUUCUUCUCGGAGAUGACAGAGGACGAGCUGGUGGUGCUGCAGCAGAUGUUCUUCGGGGUCAUCAUCUGUGCCCUGGCCACGCUAGCUGCCAAGGGCGACUUGGUGUUUACCGCCAUCUUCAUUGGGGCUGUGGCCGCCAUGACUGGCUACUGGCUGUCGGAGCGCAGUGACCGCGUGCUGGAGGGCUUCAUCAAGGGCAGAUAAUCCCUGUCACAUCCGCAGGAUCUCCUCCCACCCAGGCUGCCCCCAGAGGUCAGGCCCCUUUCCUGCCUGGACACUUGAGGCAGCUCGCUGUAUUUUUGAGUGGGGUCCACACCACACCUCACACCUGGGCAGGUGAGGCCCUUGGGGUGAACAAGUAGCCCGAAAUACGGAUGCCAUGAGAUCUUGGCCUGGGGGAACUGGGCAGGCUUCACAACGCGUGUGAAUUUUUAAAAAGAAAAGUAUUUCCUUGUGGCGGCUGCUAAUGGGCUUUGGCCCCUGCCCAUGAUGGGGGGCAGGGGGGGCCCUCUGGGGGGGGGGCCCAUUGCAGCCUCCUCCUGUCAGCUGCAUGCCAGCUCCCGGCUGUACCCCUGCCCCUCAGCCACAGGUUAUUUAUUCAUCUCAGGAAAUAAAGGUCUUGGAAAACAAGAGAA